CGGUAAAUAAACCACAAGUGUAGCAAAAAAAAUAGGCCUGGAAGGACAUAGUUAAGAGGGAGGCUUUCACACGGCUCAUUCUCCAUCUACUGAUUUUUCAUUCACAUUUCACCGACACAUUCUCCACAAUCAAAUCCACCACUUCAUUAUCCAAUUUUCAUCCUCAUCAUCGACGUGACAUAUCUGUCCAUUUAAUAAUCACGUAUGUGGAUUGAAUAAAAUCCGGUGAUCCUGUACCGAACAAAUAAAUCAAGAUGCCAGCGGUACGUGGGGAUGGCAUGCGUGGGCUCGCUGUAUUUAUUUCAGACAUAAGAAAUUGCAAAAGUAAAGAAGCUGAGAUCAAGAGGAUAAACAAAGAAUUGGCGAAUAUAAGAAGCAAGUUCAAAGGCGACAAAACCCUCGAUGGAUAUCAGAAGAAAAAAUAUGUCUGCAAGCUACUGUUUAUCUUUCUUCUGGGGCAUGACAUUGAUUUUGGACACAUGGAGGCUGUCAACUUACUAUCCUCCAAUAAGUACUCUGAAAAGCAAAUCGGGUAUCUCUUCAUAUCAGUCCUAGUAAAUACAAACAGUGAUCUCAUUAAGCUCAUAAUUCAGAGUAUUAAGAAUGAUCUCGGCUCACGUAAUCCGAUCCACGUGAAUCUGGCACUACAAUGUAUCGCCAAUAUUGGUAGUAAAGAGAUGGCUGAAGCCUUUGGCAAUGAAAUUCCAAAACUUUUGGUUUCGGGAGACACAAUGGACGUGGUGAAGCAGAGUGCAGCCCUCUGUCUUCUACGCCUCCUACGAACAGCUCCGGACGUAGUGCCAGGUGGUGAAUGGACUUCGCGCAUCGUGCAUCUGCUGAAUGAUCAGCACUUGGGUGUAGUAACCGCGGCAGCCUCCCUCAUUGACGCUCUAGUAAAACGAAACCCAGAGGAAUACAAGGGCUGCGUGAGCUUAGCAGUCUCUCGACUGAGUAGAAUUGUCACGUCCAGCUACACAGACCUGCAAGACUACACCUACUACUUCGUACCAGCGCCCUGGCUGUCGGUAAAGCUUCUCCGAUUGCUCCAAAACUACACUCCUCCAGCAGAGGAUCCUGGUGUACGAGGCAGACUAAACGAAUGCCUAGAAACGAUUCUGAACAAGGCACAGGAGCCUCCAAAGUCCAAAAAAGUUCAGCACUCAAAUGCCAAAAACGCAGUUCUCUUCGAAGCCAUCAGCCUGAUUAUUCACAACGACAGUGAGCCAAAUCUCCUAGUGCGAGCUUGCAAUCAACUCGGCCAGUUCCUCUCCAAUCGAGAAACGAAUCUUCGUUACUUGGCUCUAGAAUCCAUGUGCCACUUGGCAACAUCAGAGUUCUCCCACGAGGCUGUGAAGAAGCACCAAGAGGUGGUCAUCCUCUCGAUGAAGAUGGAGAAGGAUGUCUCAGUGCGUCAACAAGCAGUGGAUCUGCUCUACGCUAUGUGCGACAAGAGUAAUGCAGAGGAGAUAGUCCAGGAGAUGCUGAAUUAUCUCGAAACAGCUGAUUACUCCAUCAGAGAAGAGAUGGUACUCAAAGUUGCUAUUUUAGCUGAGAAAUACGCAACGGAUUAUACGUGGUACGUCGACGUUAUUCUGAAUCUCAUUAGGAUAGCUGGCGAUUAUGUUUCUGAGGAAGUCUGGUACAGAGUCAUUCAGAUUGUCAUUAAUCGAGAUGAUGUUCAGGGAUAUGCCGCCAAAACAGUCUUCGAGGCACUCCAAGCACCUGCUUGUCAUGAAAAUAUGGUCAAAGUUGGAGGCUAUAUUCUUGGAGAAUUUGGUAAUCUCAUAGCUGGUGAUCAGAGGUCAUCACCGGGCGUACAAUUCCAACUUUUACAUUCCAAGUAUCAUCUCUGCUCACCCAUGACGCGAGCUUUGUUGCUGUCUACGUAUAUCAAAUUUGUGAAUUUGUUCCCGGAGAUCAGGAGUCCCAUCCAGGAUGUAUUUAGGCAGGAUAGUAAUUUAAAAAGUGCUGAUGCUGAACUGCAGCAGAGGGCAUCUGAGUAUCUCCAGUUGAGUAUUAUUGCCUCGACCGAUGUACUAGCCACUGUUCUAGAGGAAAUGCCUGCAUUCCCUGAGAGGGAAUCAUCGAUCCUGGCGGUGCUCAAGAAAAAGAAACCUGGGAGGGUACCUGAGAAUGAGAUCAGAGAGAGUAAAAGUCCAGCGCCGAAUACCAAUCAUCAUGCUGAUGCACCCUCGGCGGUUUCCGUGUCGAAUGUCACCAAUUCUUCGGCGGAUUUGUUGGGAUUAUCGACGCCACCUGCUUCACAACCUAGUAGUAAUACUGGAGUGCUUCUGGAUGUGCUUGGAGAUAUUUAUAAUAUGCCGAAUAAAGUUGGUGCUACAAAUGGAGCGCAAAAUACGUAUAAUCCAAAAAAAUUCGUCUGUAAAAACAAUGGAGUUCUCUUCGAAAACGAUAUGAUCCAGAUUGGUGUAAAAUCAGAAUUCAGACAAAAUCUCGGGCGCAUUGGUUUGUUCUAUGGGAACAAAACGCAGUAUGCACUUAAUAAUUUUGCUGUGCAGUUGUCUUGGUCAGAGGAGGAUCAGUUGAAGCUCGCUGUCCAGGUUAAACCUGUUGAACCGGUGCUAGAGGCUGGUGCUCAAAUACAGCAGAUGAUCAAUGCUGAGUGCAUCGAUGAUUACAACGAUACACCUGCUAUGAUUAUAUCGUUCUUGUGCAAGAAUGUGGCGCAGAAACUAACGAUGAAAUUGCCACUGACGAUAAAUAAAUUUUUCGAGCCAACAGAAAUGAAUGGAGAGUCCUUCUUCGCUAGGUGGAAAAAUCUUGGAGGGGCAAAUCAGCAGCGUUCUCAGAAAAUAUUCAAAGCGCAAACGCCCAUGGACCUCCAACAGGUGCGUACUAAGCUCCAGGGCUUCGGAAUGCAGUUGCUGGACGGGAUCGAUCCAAAUCCCGAUAAUUUCGUAUGCGCCGGAAUUGUUCAUAUGAGAGCCCAACAGGUUGGCUGUCUUCUACGUCUUGAGCCCAAUAAACAAGCACAGAUGUUCCGGUUAACAGUGCGUUCCAGCAAAGAGUCAAUGUCAAUAGAGGUAUGCGAUCUCCUGGUGGACCAAUUUUAAUGCGCCCCUCCGGUACACAACGAGGACACAGAAACAUUAACUCACCACCAAUGUUCUGUUAAUUUAUGGGCCCGUCCCAACCCCGUGGGGAUCUCACCAUUCGUUCUCAAUGUGCAACGAGGACACUGCUGUUGAUAUUACAUCGGUGAUGUAUCCCCAUCUACCCCAAGAUUAUACUCAUGAUGGCACAUAAUGUGCAUAUCGCAUCCUCAAUAAUCGCGAGCCUGAAUAAUUCAAGAUAAUUCAAGAUGCAAUGAUUGAUCACGACCUUGUUAAUGAAUAACUCGACAAUGAUAAUGUCACACAGAGCUGAAAAGUUGAAUAUUGGCUACCAAGGACAGUAUUAAGUCCAGAAUUUAAUUAUUAGUAGUUUUUCUAUUGAUUCAGUUGAUAGGUGUCGCUCAUUCUGUUUUUGUUUUUUAUUCUUUAAUUCCCUCACCGUGCAGCACCGAGAACGGACUAGAGUAGGUUCAUCCAAUUAUAAAAUUAUUCUUAUUGAUGGAAACCAGGAGAUUGACUCGUGAGUCUUCCCAGCUGUGCUCUGCUGUGUACCUUCUCGCUGCACGUCUCGUGUUCUCCCCUUAUUUUGUUACAUUGGCUGGUGUCUGAAUGCGUUGGGCUGUAUAAUAUCAAUAUUCAUUUAUCCUUAAGUCCAGUGUUAUUUAAUGAAGCUCAAAAAUCAAGAACAUUUUUCUCUUCUAAUCAGAAUAUUGACGCCCUUGAUUUAUCUUGUGUCAUUGUCACUAAAAUUUUUUUUACUAAUUCAUCAGCUAAUUAAGCGUGCAGAUUUAUUUUAGGACUUGCAGAAAAUUGUGAAAGGUUUUUUUCAACUCUAUUUUUAAUUUCAAUGAUUUUUUCUCUCUUUUUUCCCUUGAAGGAAUAUUAUUAAAAUGUCUUGUUGGAGUGAAAAUGAAUGAUAAUCCAACUGUAAAGGUAGUAUCAUAAUUGUACAUAAAUGUCACGCUGAUUGUUGGAGGCAGUUGAUGUAAGAGAUUAUUAAUGAAAAUAUACAAGUAAGAAAUUAUCCCCGCUGAA